ACGUCGAAGUCAUCCCCGGGACCUGGAAACGGGUGGACAGGCCACCGAACGACAUCACACGAUACGGCAAUAUGGCUACAACGAGUCGAGAUAUGAUGGCCAUUGUCCUGCACGCCGACGGAGGGGAUCUGAAAAAAGUAACUGUCAAACCCCGACUCCACAACGACCUCACAACCGUGCACGUUGUGGAGGAGAAGUUCGGGAAGUGUCAAGGUAAACACGGUGGGAUAGAGGGCGAUGAUAGUGCGGUGUAUUCCAUCUGGGAGCGAGAGCCUGAAAAGUUACGUUCAUUGUGCGGGUCAUUUGUCGGAGAGGCAGAAGGUGUGCUUUUGUUGGGUAGAGCACACGCAGGUCUUAUGUGGGAGUUAUUACUGGCAGGUAAUAAUGUCCUUGCCUGCGACGACUCGGCCAAGGACAUUGCAUAUCUGACAAAGUUCGUCGAUAUACUUGUGAAGGAUGAGAGAUUCGUCUGUCAUGUCGAGAAGCCACGUUGCAAACAUCGUAGCAACAGGGACAUGUUCCACAAGUUGGGACGCAAGAGACUGAAGGUGUGGGAAUACCUGUUCCGUGAUGCGCCGCAAGGACGGCUUGACGGGAAUUACAUCUACAGGAAAGCAAAGGUGACAGAGACCCUGAAACAUUAUCACGUUGCUCUUACUGGCGCCUUUGAGACUUUUGUCGCUCGAUGCGAGAUCCUGAAGUUCGAUCUUCAUAAAGACCAGCUGAUGUCCAAGGACUACGCUGACCUCGCGAAAUCGGGUGAUGGCUUUAACCCCGUCGACAGCGAGGAAGACUCUUCGGGGUCCGACCUCGAAUCGGGCGAUGGCAAGGGUGGUGAAGGUCCGGGUGGUGGCAUGGUGCGGUCACACGAUGAAGGGACAGUUCGCUCGCAUGAAAGACCCGUACAGGUGGCCGCCCCCAGUGUUGGCUCGACGGUGGCCCCCAUGGAGGGCACCGGUUUGCCAAACAUGGGAAUAUGUGGUCCCAAUGAUGAAGAUGACAUUGAUAUGCCAGGCGAGGCGUCGAAGCUCGCACCAGACGAUCCAAUUCCUCCCGGCUAUUGUGCUGAUCCGACCACAAUUUAUUUCUUGGGGGGCAAACACGCCCGCACUAGUGAGGACAAGUGGGGCCAUGACAUCGUGUGGCAUGAGGGCAUUUUUGAGCCCUGCAUCCAAGAUGGGGAGUGGAAGAUGGUGGUCAAAUACACACGCGGAUGGCAGAUGUUUCGUCGGAUGUCAAAGGACACAUGGCUGAAAACGACAGAACUCGCGAUUAUGUACCGCGUGCAAAAGGAGAAUCCGGGGAAGAGCGAGGGCGCUGUCAAAGACAAGGCCAAAGAAUUGUUUUCUGUAUUGCGAGACAAUCAGCAGUUGGAGUACAGUUCGAAAUUUUACGCCCUGCGAACGAGUCCCUCAUGUGAGUCAAUCGACUGGAAGGUCAAUCAAACUAUCGGAACCAUGGAGGAGAGCAGCUCUCAGGAUGCCGUGCCUUUGUCGGCAUCGCCCCCUGUACCCACGCAGGCAGGGCAGAGGGAGGAUGACGGGAGUAAUGUGGUGAAGACUCAAGAGGUUCACAUGACGGCUAUGCCGCAAAUCUCCGUCGACACGACAGAACCGUCCAAACGCAUGGAUGUGUUAAAUUCAUUGUCGUCAGAUGCAGGUGCCACGUACGGGAGUUUAUUACUGACAUCCGCCGCAUUAGAAGGCACAUCCGAAAUGCAGUCAGAGUUAGGUGUUGGCCUGAGCGUGCCGGACAGUCAGUUGCAACCGGAGUUAUGCACAGGCAAAGGUGAUGCACAAGUACAUCUGACACCACAGGGAGGGGCCGUUGCGGAUGGUGGGAAGGGAGAGGAUGUGGAGGGAAUCCUCCAUCCUCACAAUCUUGAGACCUUAACCGAUGAUUUCGAUUAUGGGGUGCAAAUGACAACAAUUGAUGCAAGAUUGUGCAAAAGAGGAUGGACAGUGCAUCUCGCAACUUCGUUUUUAUCAAAGAGGGAGACGGCAGCCUUGACGCGUAUCAUCCGCGAAUACGGGAAGAGGUAUCCCAUAGCCACCACACACGACGUAUACAUGAACGAGGUGUUGCAACUCACUCGCAACGAUUUACUUUUACUUGCUGUAGAAUGUCAGUGGUUAAACGACAAUGUCAUCAACUUUUACCUCAAUCUCAUAGCAUUGGACAACUGGUGUAGAAUACAACACGUAGAAUGCGACGCGGAGAAUAAGAUAGUUAUUAGAGAAGGAAAGGGUCGCAUUCCUAGAGUUUCAGUGCUGAGCUCAUUUUUGUUCGUCAAACUUUUCGACAAUGAAAUGAGAUAUAGAGGUCGAGAGGUAGAGCGCUGGUGUCAGGACGUUAUCAUAAGUGACAUGGACUUGAUUAUUGCUCCUUUCCAUAUCGAACACAAGAACCACUGGACCCUUGUCGUGGCUGACUUCAGGAGGAGGAAAUUCGAAUUUUACGACUCCCUCGACCCCGACAUGGAGUUGGCGAGAAAGGUGACCGGCGGGUUUGCAAAGUUUAUAUUCGAAAGAUCGAAAUCACAAGGCAAAGAGGUGGACACGAAACCAUUCAAUCACAUAUGGAAUGUAGAGGGCAUUCUGAAGCAACACGACACGAACGAGUGCGGGGUCUUUGUGCUAACGUACGCAUCACUGUUAGCACGGGGACAACUUCCACCUUUCUUUUUCACUGCUGAUGAUAUACCCGCGAUACGUCGUCGAAUGGCUUUGGACACAGUGGCUCGUGAGUAGUGUGUAUAUGAUAAUCCGUAAUAUGAUUUGGAGGGGGGGCGGAUGCCACAAGAUGGUUUGUGACAAAAACAAUGUAUAUAAGGUGUCAAAUAUUACUCGAUACACUGUGCCACUUGACCCUUGCAAUUUACCACAUAUCCCUUACACCUCACCCCUUACACCUUACCCCGUUCACCUCACACCUUGCCCCUUACACCUUACCCCUUACACCUUACCCCUCACCCCUUACACCUUACACCUUACACCUUACACCUUACACCUUACCCCGUACCCCAUACACCAAACAUCUCUUUGUAAUGGUUUUUGCACCUAAAUCAGCUCAAAAAUGACAAUUUCAAUUUCGUUCAAAAAAUAUAAAAUGUCCGUUUUGACCAAAUCGCUGUUGGGCCAAAAAGUUCGAAAUGAAAUGCACCCUGGAUG